UUUAACGCAUUUAGCAAACUCAUCUUCCCAGAAAUAAGAGAGAGAGAGAGAGAGCACAAAGAGAAAAUGAGGUAAAGAUCGAAACUUUUGUUCGUGUGUGUGGUAUAGAGAGAGAAAGUGAGAUGGGAAUGACAAGCAAGAGCAGGAGCAAUGGCGAAGGUUGGGGAAUGGGAUUCCUCCUCGUUUUGUUCCCCGAAGAAGAUCAAAACCAAGAAUCCAACACCAGAAAAUCCAACAAUCUCAAUCAAUUCUCAUCAUUCAAGCGCACAAAUUCAUCACAUCUAAUCCACAGAGCCCAGUCCACAAUCUCAAUCUGCCUCCUCCUCCUCUUCACCACUCUCCUCCUCUUCACCAUCUCCACCCUCCCCUCCGCCACCACCACCACCACCGCCGCCCGCCGCCGCCACCUAAUCUCCAAUUCCAAAUCCCCCCAAUUCUCCUCCAACACCUCGCAUGCACUUCAAGGAAUGGGCACUCUCUACAGACGCGGCACCAGAGCAAUGACCGAACUCGUCGUCGCUCAUGCACUCCACUCUCUAACUCGGGACGACUUGAAAUCAUUCCUCCGCCUCUUCCACCGCUCCCCCCUCGCCUCAAAAUCCGAUCUUUUGCUCCUAUUCCCCUCCAAAACCGCCGCCUUCGACUCCGCCAUUCUCGAAGAGAACGACUCGUUCCUCCACCUCCUAACUCGCUACAAAUCGAGCAAUGUCUCUCACUCCUCAGCGAGUUUCGAUGUAACCCAUUUCACGAAACUCAGCAGGAGAGAGAGAGAAAGCGGCGAACCAAUCUGGGGUCGGAGAAUUCGAAGCAAUUCCACCGGAAACGAGUCGGCCCGGUUGAGUUACGGCUCGGUAGCGGGUUUCGACGUGGAGGAACUCGACCCGGAGAACUCGCUAUCCGGGUUCUUGGAUCAUGUUCCAAUGAGUUUAAGGAGAUGGGCUUGCUACCCGAUGCUAUUGGGUCGGGUCAGGAGGAAUUUCAAGCAUGUGAUGCUAGUGGACGUGAAGGAGUUUUUAAUACUCGGUGACCCACUCGGCCGAGUCAGGACUCAGAGCCCUGAGUCGGUCCUUGUGACCGCCGUGGGCAGACAUGGGAAGAGAAACUCGGAGAAAACUUGGGUCGACUCGGGCGUGUUAAUGGGCGGGUCGAGAGGGAUUCGGAGAUUAUGCAACAAGAUGUUGACUAAUAUUGUGAGGGCUACAAUGCAUCAACAAGUCAAGAAGAAGAAUCCGGUGAGCGAGUCGAGUCUUUUCAACCAACUCGUUGGAAACGACUACGUUUUGAAGGAAGUGAACUUGAUCGUGUCAACUGAGUCGCUGGGCGAGGUGAGUUCACUCAGCGGGUCGGGUUCACAUAAUUUGUUGAGGAGUAAGCAUGGGUUGAUUAGGCGCGGGAAGAAUACCACUUUGGAUGUUAAUUCCGCCUUAAUCACCCAAUUAUGCUCGUUUCCAAUAGAUUCUACAGUUUAUAGUGAAUGUCGGUAUUGAAUUUGUUUUUUUCUUUUAAAUACUUUAUAGAACUUGUUGAUAAUACAGUGAUGAUUUAGAAAAUCAA